UUUGUUUGUUGUCAAAGUCAGAUUUUUCUUGCUGUAGAAAAAAAAAAUAAACAAAAAAGUGUUAUUGAAUUAAUGAUUAGCUUAUCUUAAUUUAAAAGAAAAACUAAAUGGCAAGGUUUCAUAAUUUCAAAUGUGGCGAGAUAUACAUCACAUAUCAAGGAAAAUAUUCUUAUAAUUGUGUGAUUUGCCGAGAGUGGUUUGAUAAUAUUGAAUAUUAUGAGGAUCAUUAUAUGGUACAACAUUUUGAGUCGAAAGAACUUUACGAUAAUGAUAGCAACUAUUUCCCUAUUAAAAUAGAACCAGUAACUGAACAUGAUUUGGAAUCAAUAAAAAGUGAAAUUGAUUCUGAGCAGGACUCCUGUACAACUACAUAUUAUGACAAAGUGGAUAUUAUUAAAGAAAUAGAAUAUCAAUUUUCUCAAGAAGAUAGUGAUUUACAGGAAAAUGAACUAGCUGAAACAAAUGAAGUAAUUAUAACAUUACAAAAUAAGGAUUUCAGUCAAAAUAAAAAUUCUACUGAAAUAUUUGAUUCUGAAGUUCUAGAAUGGAAUGACAGUGAUCAAAAAAUUAAUUUAGAAUUUGAAACUGAAAAUCAAGAAGAAAUUUAUUUAAACAGUGAAAACUUCGUUGAAAAUAAAUUCUUGAAUGAGAAGUCAAAUAUAAAAAAUAGAUAUUUAACAUGCCAAAUAUGUUUGGUUAAAUAUCCAAAUUCAACUUUUUUGGAUCAUGUUUUUCAACACAGUGAAAAUGGUGUUUGCCCUUUAUGUGAGAAAAGUGUGAGCAAUUUGAAAAAGCAUAGGAUUGAACAUGAAAAUAAUAUAAAGCACGAAACCAAUUUCAAAUUUAAAACAACAAAACAAGUAGAACCAAGAAAGCAAGUUGGUAAAAGAAAAGCAUUAUCUUGUAAGUACUGUAAUAAGAAUUUCUUUUUUAUUAAUGUUUUGGAAAGGCACCAACGUUUACAUGAAAACAGAAACUUAAAUUGUGAAUUUUGCAAUAAAUCGUAUAGAGAUUUAAGAUUUCUUAAAUACCAUAAACGGAAACACACAGGGGAACGACCGUUCAAGUGUGAGCUUUGUGCAGCUGCCUUUACAACAAAAGAUAAUUUGAAUACUCAUAAUAUAUAUAAACACACGGAUACAUAUAAUUUUUCUUGCACAUAUGAAGAUUGCGAUAAGAAGUUUAAGACGAAGGAAUUGAGAAAACGUCAUAUUAAAAAUAUUCAUCUAAAAGUUUUCGGCUAUCAAUGCGAUGUUUGUGGUCAAAAGUUCAUGACUUCUAGUCGACUUAGCAUACACAGGGUAAAAAGUCAUGUGGAUCCAAAAGAGUGGCCGUUCAAAUGUGAAUUUUGCGAAAAAACUUUUAUACUACAAUGUAAAUUAAGAGAGCAUCUCAACUUUCAUACUGGAGAAAAACCAUUUAAAUGCGAUUCAUGUGAUCAAAAUUUUAUGAAUAGAAGAAACUUAAAUGAGCAUAAGAAGAAACAUAUAAAUAAAACUACUUAAUAACAUUAUUUCUACACCUCAUCUUCUUCAUUCUACAUUGUUGUAUUUUUGAAUUUAAUUAAAUCAUUUAAAAUUUAGUCAG